UCCAGAACUUGAAAUUGUGGAGAGCUGGGAAGGGACCUCCCAGAGCUUCUGAGGCACUCCCAGGCAGGCAGCACCCAGAGUUGGGGUCGGUGCUACGGCCCCACCAUAGGUGCCCCUCUCCUAUCCCAACUAGAGCAUCAGAGGAUCUGCUUGAAGGGGACUUCAUACCAGGCUAUAGAAAGAGCAACACCUUUGUGGUAACUUGGAGAAUACAGCUGCCUUCUGGGGACAUCCACUUGUGAUACCAUUGAAAUCCUGUUUGGAAACGCUGCAAUCCGAGGAAGCUGUGAUUCUGCCCCCACUUCAGCAGGCUGGACACCCUCAGAAACCAGAAAUGGAGUUUUUUACGUGCCCUCAGCAGAAGCCAAGGCUUCCUAUAUGGAGGCUGUGAGAUUCCCAGCUGCCUUUUCUGCCCACAUUGCUUAUCAACAGAGGGCUUGUGGAGCAAGAGAGCCCCAGAGGGCUUAAGCUAGUAUAUCUUGGAAGACAGCAUCGAAGAGCUCUAGUACUAAGGAUUUAGGUGAUAAUCAGAGCAGAAACCCUAGACUUGAAGCUGCUGUGAUUGCCUUCUGGACUGAGGGCCUCUGAUCACCCAACCUUCUAUGAAAGCUGUUGAGGAGGACUUCUAGGAGGUGAGUGAUCAAGGACCAGAAAGAGCAUUAGCCCAGGGCCAGUCAACCCAUGGGGAGCUGCAAACAACUCCUGGGGAAAAGAAUUUGCCUAAGGGUUACACUGAGAGUAGCAGAAGGGCCAGAGACUACUAGAACCUAGACUUCCCAGGUUAGGGCCCUUCUCUCCUUUCAAAUCAUAAAACACUAGAUAAACAAGAGCUAUGAUUAUUAUUAUCAUAUUAUUACACUGUGAUUGACGCCACGGUGGAGAUAGCAAAUCUCCAAGAGUCAUCAGUGAAGCUUCCAUGUUCUCAGAGUUCUGCAAGCAAGUACUGGAUGACUACUUGUUGGAAUGCGUGCUGCAGGCCUUUGCACGGCUUCACUGGCCUCAGUGGGCUUCCUCCGCUUCCUGGGACUGCCCUGGUCUUGGGGUCUGGCAGCUGCUCUGAGUAUCUAUGUGGGCACCGGCGGUUGGCGUUUCCUGCGCAUUAUUUUCAAGACAGCACUAAGGGACCUUUUUGGCCUCUCCGUACUAUGCAGUGUCCGCUAUGAGCUCCGUCGGCACCAGCAGGCCAGGCACACGAUUCCCUGCAUCUUCCAGGAGGUGGCCAACCGACAGCCGCAAAAGGUGGCCCUAGUAGAUGCAGUCAGCGGAAAACAGUGGACGUUCCAGCAACUGGAUGAGUACUCCAAUGCAGUGGCCAACCUGUUCCUGCAGCUUGGCUUUGGGUCUGGCGAUGUGGUUGCCAUGUUCCUGGAGGGCCGGCCUGAGUUUGUGGGACUGUGGCUUGGACUUGCCAAGGCAGGAGUGGAGGCUGCCUUGCUCAAUGUGAACCUGCGGUUGGAGCCCCUUACGUUCUGCCUCAGCACUUCAGGGGCCAAGGCCCUGAUCUUUGGGGGGGAGCUAGCAGCUGGUGAGGCUGGGGGUGGUACAGGGGGUCAGGCCCCACAGUAUCAAGGCAAAGCUAUUUCAGAAGUGAGUGUACAGUUGGGGAAAAACCUAGUGAAGUUCUGCUCUGGGGACUUUGGACCAGAAGGUGUCACCCCUGAUACUCACCUUCUUGAUCCUAUGCUGAGUGAGGCGUCCACAGCACCCCUUUUGCAAGUGCCUCCUAAAGGAAUGGAUGACCGUCUCUUCUACAUCUACACUUCUGGCACUACCGGGAUGCCCAAAGCUGCAAUUGUAGUAAACAGCAGAUACUAUCGAAUUGCAGCCUUUGGACACCAUGCCUACAGAAUGAAACCCUCAGAUGUAAUUUACAGUUGUCUCCCUCUGUACCACUCUGCAGGGAACAUCAUGGGGGUGGGGCAGUGCCUUCUCUAUGGGCUCACAGUCGUCAUCAGGAAGAAGUUCUCUGCCAGCCGCUUCUGGGAUGACUGCAUCAAGUACAACUGCACGGUGGUUCAGUACAUUGGUGAAGUCUGCCGUUACCUUCUGAAGCAGCCUGUGCGGCCUGCAGAGAACCAGCACCAUGUGCGCCUUGCUGUGGGCAAUGGACUCAGGCCUGCCAUCUGGGAGGAGUUCACCUGCCGUUUUGGUGUCCAGCAGAUUGGAGAAUUCUAUGGUGCAACUGAAUGCAACUGCAGCAUUGCUAACCUAGAUGGAAAGGUGGGAGCAUGUGGCUUCAAUAGCCGGAUCCUGCCCAAUGUGUACCCAAUCCGCUUAGUGAAGGUGAAUGAGGAUACAAUGGAGUUGCUGAGGGAUGCCCAGGGGCUCUGCAUUCCCUGCCAGCCUGGAGAGCCUGGCCUUCUGGUUGGGCAGAUUAAUCAGCAAGACCCACUUCGCCGGUUUGAUGGGUAUGUCAAUGAGAGUGCAACCAACAAGAAGAUAGCAUAUAAUGUGUUCCGGAAGGGAGACAGUGCCUACCUCUCAGGAGAUGUACUGAUGAUGGAUGAACUUGGCUACAUGUACUUCCGGGACCGGAGUGGAGACACAUUUCGCUGGCGUGGGGAGAAUGUCUCUACAACUGAGGUGGAAGGCGUCCUAAGCCGUGUUCUCGGCCAGACUGAUGUGGCAGUUUAUGGGGUGGAUGUGCCAGGAGUGGAAGGCAAGGCUGGAAUGGCUGCCAUUGCUGACCCCCUUGCUACACUGGACCCCAAUGCCCUGUACCAGGAGCUACAGAGAGUGCUUCCACCAUACGCUCGGCCCAUCUUCCUUCGCCUCCUGCCUCAAGUGGACACAACAGGGACCUUCAAGAUCCAAAAAACACGGCUUCAGCGGGAAGGAUUUGACUUGCACCAGACGUCAGACCGACUCUUCUUCCUGGACCUGAAGCAAGGGAGAUAUAUUCCCAUGGAUGAAAAUGUCUACACUGGCAUCUGCACAGGAGCCUUCUCUCUUUAACAGAGCUUGCUGCCCCAUCCCUUACCCUCUUCUUCUCUGACAGUGAUGGAUGGAACUGAGGACAUCCCCUAACUUGCCCUGGACCCAGCCAGUGUCCUUCUUCCCAAAGAAUGGGGGGGGAGGGCAUAAAUUGUCCUAAUGUCAUUUAUCAAAAUUGCUUCCUGAGUCCUUCCCUGACCCUUCCCUCAGGUCCAGGGCUCUGGUUCAAGCAGGAGCUGAAGAGGAUCAGGCAGAGGAUCCUCAGGGUUGCUGGAGUAUCUGAGGGUUGGGUUGCAACCAAGAGGCCCACAAGGUUCUGAACAUUUCAGUCUAGUGGUUCCUUGAAUGUUUCCCAAAUGAAGGUUUGAUACCCCAUCCCAGGGUGCUGAGUGGUCUGCCUGGCUCUUCUCCCAGAGCUGGAGGGGACUCCUGACAAACAGGUUGUCUCUGGGGUGGUGGGGUGGGGUGGGGCAGGGUAUGGGGAGCUGCCACAAAGCCCUGUCUUGUCUGGCCUGCUUCAGCCAGAAUUGGUCAGCAAGGGUUAUUUCUCAGCUUUUCUUUGCUCCUUAACUAUAAACUGUCCCAGACAGGAGGGCUACAAUGUCAAUGCCUCUUUUGCACAGAGGGGACCAUUCCUGCCUGUUUUAUUGGUUGUGCCUUAAGGAACCCUCAGUCAUUAAGUCACUGUGUUCCAGUACUUACUUUUAACCCAGUUUAAGCUUCAGGAGUGGACUUGCCUUCAUUCCCUUACUCAGUGUUGUGAGUGAUGGGGACAGUGCUCCUGUGGACAAGAGUGGACUGAUCUGUGUGCUUAAUCCAAGUUAACUGGAAAUCUCACAUAUUUGAUCUCUGACCUCCAGUGGAAGCCCCCAGCCCAGUCCUGCUGACAGUUACCAUUCAGAAGCUCUUGCUUGGCCCUUCUGGUAGUAACUAUGCAGAUACCCCGGUAACGCCUUGCUGGUAGCCACCAACUGAUGAUCCAAGAGCUUCUCAGGCUGGUGAUGAGUACAUGCUAUUUCUUGCAGGUGUUUUCAGGCAUGGCAAUUUUAUUUUUUAGUUUGAGUUAAAAAAAAAAUAAACUUGAGAACAAGCUCUGAUGAAAAA